AUGGCAAUCAAGAGGCCUUUGGGCGCGGUGAGGCUUGCGGUGGCCACCGCGACGCUGCUGGUGCUGCUAAAUGCGGCGCCGGCAUGCGGUGCGACGGGCGACCAAGAGGACGCGCCUGAUGCGCUGCAGAAGGUGCCGCCGCCGCCGACGUGCCCAGGCAUUGUCGGCGGCGUCUGCACACUGGCCUGCCAGCGCGCUACGUGCGACGCCUUAUCUACCUUCUUCCGGCUCACUUACAACGCCAGCAGCCCGUGGCAGCACGCCCAGUCCUGGAUGGUCACGCGCAGCUUCCCCUGCACCCGCAUCAUCCAGAGCAGCCGCGCCAAGCAGCCCCCCUACUGCCGCUGGUGGGGCAUCACCUGCUGCGACCCCACGGCGUUCGCAGCGGGCGAGUGUUGGGCCGUCAACGGCAUGGCCAAUCUGUCGAUCACCGCGGACAACGUCAACGGUAGCUUCUCCAACCCGUCGCUGAUGGACGCGACGGAGCAGCUGCACGCCUGCGGCAUGGUGGGGCUGAAUCUCGAGUCGAACGACAUGAGCGGCGUCAUGGAUGCGCGCUGGGGGCGCUUCACCAACCUCACCAUCCUGGACCUCGCCAACAACUGGCUGAGCGGCACGGUGCCCCCUGAGCUUGCAAACCUCAAGAAGCUGCGGAAGCUGGAGCUCGGCACCAAUUUCCUGCAUGGAGAAAUUGGCGACUGGAUCGGCGAACUCAAGGAGCUGCGAGUGCUCAACCUCGGCGCCAACGCGGGCGUCAACCCGCCAGCCGGCGGCGGCGGCGAGACGGCGGGCGGCGAGGCGGCGGGCGGCGAGGCACAGAGCGGCGGCGGGGAUGAACAUGCCGGGGAGAAGACCGGGAUGGUGGGGCAGAUUCCCGCCAGCAUUUCAAACUUGAAGAACCUGCUGGAGCUGGAUGUCCAGAUGAACACACUGACGGGUACGAUCCCCGUGGACAUAUGCGACCAAGACUCGGGCCUGACGGUGCUUAACCUCCACGGCAACCGUCUGAAGGGCCCCGCCACGCCGGUGCUCAACUGCAGUCAGCUGGCCCUCCUGGACCUCUCCUUCAAUAACCUCACAGGCAGCCUGCCCGCAACACGGGCCUGGAACCAGAUAGUGUCAAUGAAGCUGGGCCACAACCAAUUCACGGGGGAGCUGCCGGACCCGAUCUACCACCUGCAGCUGCUCACAUACCUGGAUGUGUCGAGCAACAGACUCGUCGGGCAGCUGGACGACCGCAUCAGCCUGAUGAUCUACAUGACGGACCUCGACAUCUCAGGCAACGGCCUGUCCGGCCCGAUCGGCCGCGGCAUGUUCUUCCUGCCGCAGCUGGCCCGCCUCAACGUGGCCAACAACAACUUCACCAGCACGCUCAACCCCUCGCUCGGGUGA